AUGCAGGCCCUUUUUGUUUUGCUACUCCUGUCGUUCCUCUCUAAUUUGAAAGGCAUUCCAUUGAUUGAGCUCCCUGCAUAUGUAAAGAGUGGUGUUGCAUGUUUUCUGAAUGUUGGUGGUAAUCUGAACGAUUGUCCUGGAGCCCCUUUUCUACCACAGCUCUUCACAACUAUGAACAUGGCCUUCAACAUUUUUGUUCUAAAUCUGGUGAAGAUGUCUACAACACUGGUUGCUUCGCUAACAGCAACACUAGCAGUACCUCUUUCGAUAUACGUCCUGUCGCUUCCUCUUCCAUACAUGCCUGGAGGAACAAGUUUAAGCACAUCCUUUUUGGUCGGCGCUGUUGUCUUGGUGCUUGGGUUACUCCUAUACAAUCUCCCCCAGAAUUCAGCUGAUCAAGUGAAGACAGAGUGAUAUAAACCAAAGUCACUCACAAGGAUGGCAGCAAGCUUUUGAUGCACAUUGAUACAAUACAAGACCGUGCAUUUUCAACUGCGAUCAGAAGCACAUGUUUGUACAGAACUUCUGAAGGGUGUGACGCUCUACAACCUGAGAGAAAUCUUUUCGCACAGGAAGGGUUGUCAGGCGUGAAGCUGCGGCUGACAAA